AUGAAAUUAGAACAAAGGAUAUUUUUUUUAAUAUGCCUAGUUAUCAACUCUUUCUCUAAUUGUAGUCUUUUGGUUGCUCCAGAUGGUUAUUAUAACAUUUACCGAGAAAAUAAAAUUGAAAAUAUUUUAAAUUUAAAACCAAAUGGUAACAAAUCACAAGAUUCAUAUUAUCCAGAUGUGUGUAGUAAAGCGGUAAAAAAUAAAGAAGGUGUAAAAAGUUUUAUCUUAUCUUCAUUCCCUCUUUCAACUAAAGAGUAUGCUAACGUUAUUGUAACAAAGGGUUCACAUAUGACAUUGGGUGAUGGAGAAUAUCAUCAAAUAUUUAAUAUCAAUAGAUUUUUGAAUAUAGUUUGUGUUGAGGGUUCACUUGUAUUUAGUACAAAAGAUGUUGUAUAUAUGAGUGCGUUGGUAAUAUUACCUGGUGGUAAUUUUGAAUGUAUAGAUUGCACCAUCAAAUUUCGAGAUCUAUAUCCAACCAACUCAUUAAUUGACCCAUUUGGUUUUUUACCUGGAAUUAUUACUUUGGGAGGUUCAUUAUCUCUUUUAGGAAAGCAAAAAACUGUGUAUAGUGCAGUUUUAAUAGAUGAAAAUAUAUUAGAGGUUCAGGAUAUUUCAUCACUAGAUAUUUUCAAUGGUUAUAGUUUAUUUAUUUUUAGCGAAUCAUUUCCUUUGGGAAAGGCAUCAACUUUUACUUUUAAUUCAAAUCAAAUAAAAGUUUUGGAAAUCAAAAUACCAAAAACAGAUAAAAGCAUUAGAGUAUUUUUUUAUUCAAGAUUUUCUACUUUCUCAACUUCAACUACUGCUUCAAUUCAUAUCACAGGUAACUCAAAUGUGCAUAUCGAAAACUUUUAUAUAGACUCUUUUGGGAGGACAACAAACGAUCAAUAUAGCGAUACAGAAUUGAUUUUCUCUCAAGAUGAUCCAAAUUUAAUUACUGGGUUUAUAAAUGGUAGCAAUCAAAGAUUUAGAAGUUCUUUAUAUAUAGAGCAUUCAAAUAAUGUUACCAUAAAAAAUAGUGUUAUACUUGAAAAUAGAGGAGAAACAAGAUCACCAUUAAUAUUCUUUGGUUCAAAUGUAAAUAUAUCAGGUAAUAUAAUAUCAAGUAAAUCUGGCUCAAGUUUAAUAGCGCAAUAUGGAACUGAAAAUAUUCAAUCAACAAAUAAUUAUUAUUCAUUAUCUUUACCACUUUUAAAAUCAUUAAAUUCAACUCUUGAUAGUAUGGAUUAUGGAAAUGAAGGAAAUGGUAUUUUUUCGAUAUCGCCAAAAAUAAAUUCUAUUAAUGAUAUAUUCAAUGGGCAAAUAAUAGCAAUCAAUCAUAUAAUAUUAUCAGAUAGAUCAAGUAUUACAGGAUUUGAUAAAGAUUGCUAUUCACCAUGCUAUAAUGAUUCGAUAAGAGUUUCAAGUAAAGUUCAACAUUCAGUGGAAUUUAAAAUAACAGGAUCAACAUUUAUUAGUUCAUCAAAUUACUCUGAAAGUAGUUUUCUUUUUAGAAUCAGCGAAACAGGUAGUAAACAAAGUUCAUUUUAUAAAAUAAUAAAUUCAAAUUUAAGUUAUCCAAUUUCAGUAUUGUUAGAAAACAAUGCAUUUAUAUUAGAUAAUGUUUAUGGUUUUGGUAAUUUUACAAUUAAUGGUCUUAUUAAAAGAUUGGAUAUAAUAAACUCAACAUUAGAUCCUUCUGUAACAUCAUCAAUAAGUUUAAGCAAUUUUUCAAAAGCAAUUAGUAUUCAAAAUUCAUUUAUGGAUUAUAGAUCAUUUCAAAAACAAAACAAUCAAAUCUAUGGAUCAAUUAUUACACCUUACCUCUACUAUUUCGAAAAUACAAUGAAUCUUAUAAAAGUAUCAAAAAUGUAUCCAAAUGUAAACCAUCAAAUUUUAGCAGGUACAGUACUAAAUAUGGGUAUUGAAAUUAUAAUUAUAGCACCAUUAUUUGGGAAAAUGGAUUGCAUAUUUGAAGAUGAAAGUGGUAUUCAAACAAUACCAUUUAAUAAAUCAAGUAAUUCAUGUGUUUUACCAUACUUAUUUAAAAAUGAAGGCUCAUUUAAUGUACGAGUUACAUUAUCACUAACGAAAUCUUUAGAUAAUAUUAUAUUUCAAGUAUAUUUUCCAAUGGUUACAGUAUUUAAUAUAUAUUCAUUUUAUUCAGGAUGGGCAAUGAUUGAUUCAAAUAUAGAAAAAGAAAUAAUAAUAGAUGGUAAUAUAUUUAAAAAAGGUUGUCAACAACAGGUAUUAGGUAAUUGUACAAUAUCAACAAAUUCAAAGUUAAUAACAGGUUUACCAAGUGUAACAGAAUCAGACAAACUUAAUAGACUAUUUUCAAGUGGUAUAACAUCUAUCAACCCAUAUGAACCUGUAACAAUAACAAUACCAAUUGAUAAAGAAUCAAAAAAGAAUCAAAUCCAAUUAUUUUUCACUCACCAACCAAUUGAUAUAGAAACCAGUCUAUUAUCAAUAUAUGUAGAGAAUCAACCAAUAUUCCUUUUAGAACCAUUACAAAGUAAUUUAGAUUCAACAUUUAAAAAUUUAACAUUUCAUUAUGAAAAUUCAAAAUCAUUAGAAAAAAUCAAAAUUACAUUUAUAACAAGAGGCGAUAUUUAUUUAACAUCUACAGCGAUUUAUUCAUCAACUAACCAACCUAUAUAUAACGAAGUUAUUGGUAUAAAUGAACAAUUAAAUAUAUUAGCAAUUGUACUACCAAUAACGAUUUCAUUGUUUGCAGCGGCAUCAAUAUUGGCUGGUUAUUUAGUAAUUAAAAAAUAUAAAAAACCAAACAUGUAUUAUAAUAGAAAUACCAAUGGAAAUAUCGGAAUGAAGGUUUUCUCAACAAAAUUUAAAAGAAGACCCAAAAAGGUAAUACCACUUUCAAUCCCAUUAAGUACAAAUAGAAUUACAAAGAAAUCAUUACAAUCUUUAGAUUCAAUGGCUGAAAACCCUGUGAUAUUACUUUCCAUUCCAGAAUUGGAGAAAGCCAAUGAACCAGAAUUUAAUCCUGAAAAAACUUUCUUACAAGAAUCAGAAUUAUUAGAUUUACCAACACCAAAGGUAGAACCAGAAGAGCCAAGAAUUAAUAUUGUUCCCCUCCCUCGUUUUCCAACCGUAUAUAAAAAAGAAGAUAACGAUAAAUUAUUAAAAGAAUUGAAUAUAACUGGUCCUAUCACCUCUGAAAAUAUUGAAUCAUUCUUUGAAGUUGAUGUUGGUUUGCCAUCUUUAAUAAUAAAGAAUGAAUCUGAAAUCAUUCUACAAGAAAUUGAUUAUAUUGAAACUGGUGAAAUUCAAGAAAUGGAAGGUAGCUUUUUGGAAGAUAAAUCAACUGAUACAACCGUUAUAGUAACAAAAAGUGAUGGUUUACCUAAAUUUUUUCAAACCAAAGUCUUUUCCAAACGAUUUAAUGAUAUAUCCAAAUUUGAUAAUGAUUUCUUUGAUCUAAAGGAAUACAUAGUUGAACAUCAAGAAGAAUCUUUUGAAAUACCUUUUAUGACCUCGGAAGAUGAAGUAGAUGAAACCAAAAUUAAUAUAAUAGACUUUUUACUCAGUCCCAAAUCUAAUAAAGUUGCACUAAAUAUGUAUUUAAAAUCAUUUCAAAAUAGAAACCAUAAACUUUGUUAUGGAAAGUAUGGUUCAAAUAAAAAUUCUAUUCUUGUUAUUGAAGGCACAUCUUAUUAUUAUGAUUGUACAGAUGUUAGGUUACCAAUAUCAACACCUCGUAGUAAUCUUAAUUUUGGAAUAACAGAUGGUAAUAAAUGUAUAGUUGAUAGAAAAUAUAGAGAAAGGUUACAAUAUAUAAAUGUUUAUAGUGAACCAUUUAGAAUUUAUACUCUUUUUCCAGAUAGUAAUGAUAAUGUAACAAUUACAACUUCAGAAUGUUGUAAAGAAAUAGACCCAUUUGGUUCAUUAGAUGUAGAUAUAUUUGUAACUUUAAAAACAACAACCAAAUUUAAUGAAAAAGUUACAAUUCGUUAUGAAACUGAUGAUAAAGAAUUAGCAUUUUCAACAUUUGUUUAUUUAAAUUUAGAGAGUCAAGUAUCAUCAAAAAUUGAUUUUGAUGAAAUAGUUCUCGAAAAAUAUUUAUCUGAAGGUUCAUUUGGAGUUGUAUAUAGUGCUAUUUGGAGAUCAUCAUCAGUUGCGGUCAAAUUAUUCAAACAUCAUUAUUCUAAAGAUGAAAUUGAUAAAGAAACAUCAAUUUUAUCAAAAAUAAAACAUCCAAAUAUAGUUUCAUUCAUUGGAAGUUUAAAUUUUUUAAAUACAUAUGGUAUUGUAAUUGAUUAUCAUCCAAGAGGUUCUUUAAAUUAUUAUACUCGUAAUCAAAAUAUUAAACUAUCAAUGGUACAAAAUAUUAGGAUUUCAUUGGAUAUUUCAAGAGCUUGUUCAUUUCUUCAUAAAAAUGGUAUUAUUCAUCGAGAUUUAAAACCAGAUAAUGUUUUAAUUGUUUCAUUUGAUCCAGAUUCUUCAAUUUGCGCAAAGAUAUCAGAUUUUGGUACUUGCAGAGAAAUUAAUGGAAAGCAUGAAUUAAACUCAAAAGCUGGAACAACACGUUAUAUGAGUCCAGAAAUUUUAGAAGGUCUUCCAUAUACAUAUUCUACAGAUGUUUAUUCUUUUGCAAUCCUUUUCUUUGAAUUACUUUCCGGAAGAGUACCAUUUAGAGAAAUUCCAAAAAGAGAAAUUCCAAGAUUUGUACGUUUAGGAACAAGACCUCGUUUAGAUCAAGAUGUAUUUGCCGAUAAUGAUAUAUCAUUAAUUUUAUUAGCUUGUUGGAAUCCAAAUCCUCGUGGUAGACCAACAUUUGAUACUUUAAUAGAUUUAUUAGAAAAAUUAUUAAAAAAAUAUAAAGAAAGAGCAAAAAGAAAUAAAAAAAAUCAAAAUCAAUAA